AACAACAAACUAAUAGGGAAUCAAUCAGCAAGCCAGGCAGCAUCGGGGUAGCUGACAGUAGUUUCUGCCAUUCAUUCGCUGAGUUGUAUUUUAGGGUGUUUUUUUCCGAUCCUUUUUUCACAGAUUUGAGCGUGCCAAGUAAAGGAAAAAGCAAAACAUGGCUGGUUUAAUGGCAGGUUUUCAUUACACCCACGCUAUCGUCCGGGGAGUCCCCGCGUCCCUGGCUAAAGGAGCGCUCCGGAUGAGCCAGUCGGAGGUGGACCUGGUCCGGGCUCAGAGGGAGCACGAGGCUUACGUCGAGGUCCUGAAGACAAAAGUCGGGCUGGAGGUGGUCGAGCUCCCCGCGGACGAGUCUCUCCCGGACUGCGUGUUCGUGGAGGACGCGGCGGUGGUGUGUGGCGACACGGCGCUCAUCACCAGACCCGGCGCAGAGAGCAGGAGGAGAGAGACGGAGGCAAUGAAACAGGCUCUGAAGGAGUUGAAUAUGAAAAUUGUGGAAAUGGAAGAUGAAAACGCCACUCUGGAUGGAGGAGAUGUCCUUUUUACAGGUCGAGAGUUCUUCGUGGGCCUUUCCAAAAGGACCAAUCAAAGAGGAGCAGAGAUCUUAGCAGAUGUCUUUAAGGACUAUGCUGUGUCUACUGUGCCUGUGCUAGAAGGUCUGCACCUGAAGAGCUUCUGCAGCAUGGGGGGACCAGGCCUCAUUGUCAUUGGGUCCAGUGAACACGCUCAAAAAACCCUCAAAAUCAUGCAACAAAUGAGCGACCAUCGCUAUGACAAACUGACGGUGCCGGAUGACUUAGCUGCCAACACCGUCUACAUGAACCUGCCCAAUAAGGGACAUGUGCUUCUGCACUGUACACCAGAGCAGUAUCCAGAAAGUGCAAAGAUGUUCGACAAGCUGAAGGACUACAUGCUGAUCCCCGUGUGCAACGCGCAGAAGGUCAAAGUGGAUGGAGCCCUCACAUGCUGCUCUGUGCUCCUCAACAAGAAGGCCAAUAACUGAGCGUGCCAUAUAACUUUUCUUUUUACUUAUUUGCUCCUUUACAACUAAUCUGAGAACUGUUAGGAUAUAAUUCUUAUUUCUUUGAUGAAGAAAAAUCUGAUCCUGAAGAUCCCACCUACUGCACGUCUGUAGACAAAUCAUCUUGAUUAUUAUUUGAUGUUUGCUAUCGUUAAACUGAAUCACAAAACCGAGCUCUGGGCUAACAAAAACAGAUGAAUCUGUUUGAUCAAUAGUUUUUCUUGCCAAUAAAGUCAAGUCUUACAAGAAUUGCAAGGCAGAUUUAUGAAUUACAUAACUAACAGACAUCUACAGUGAUAAAUAAAAUAAAAUAUUGUUUACAUGUGCCAUUUUAACUGUGAAUUAAUGUUAAAUGUGUUUGGCUAUGUAAUAGUACUGGGACUCAGUUUGAAAUUCACUUUUCAAGAACUGUAUUUGGGAGCAAGAUUGAGGAAACGGCCUGAUUUUGCUGUUAAAUGAAAACCUCAAUUUCACUGUUGCAAUUUAGCUGUUUUUAAAGUUAUAUGCUAAAUAUCCAUUGUCUCUUUUAAUAUUGGUGCUAAGUGAGUUUCAUGACCAAACAUUAUUUCAAAAUUUUAAUGCAUGGCCACUUAUCUGACUAUUAGCUUGUUUUUAUUUCUUAUACUGCAAAUACAAUUCUUGAAAACCCCUUUGGAGAAAUUAGCUUUUGAUGCGAACACAGUGUUAUGAUUGUUUUGGGGAGGGUUUUGUGAUUUACUAUGAUUUUGUGAUUGGUAUUGAAAGUGCUGCCAUUGAGACCUGAGGUGCCCUUACCUUUCAUAACUACUGAUAACCAAUCAUCCACCAUCCAUUAUAUAGUACUGAAGACAGUUUUUGAAUGAUGCUUAAUAAUUACCACCAGCUUUAGAAGCAAAAAUUAACCUGUUAAUCGAGGCUAGAGUGAUAUUGAUUGUGAUGAUUAGAUUCAUGCAGGGAUGCAAAUUUGACAAAAACAAAGUGGAAACGACUGAUUAAUAAUCUGUGCCAACCCCGAAGAGGAUAGAUAAAAGUUAUCUGUGUGGGAAAUGUAUGUUUUCAUAAUUCCACUGCUCCUUUAAUGCACAAUGCCUCUACAGAAAAACCAAUGACCUUACUACUGCUGUAUGAUUUCUGAAGGGUCUGUAAUUUUCCUCACACCGCUGGUUCUGCCUGUGCUGUGUAUUACACUGGAGUCCCCCCCCCUCCCCCAUCUGGCAGUUUCUACUGCAAAACUGUCAAAGAGCAUGCUGUGAAAAUGAUAUUUGUUCCACUAAAUCCAGUAGCACCAAAUGUGACUGCAGUGAGAGUUUGCACAGUGUGGAGAACAAGCUAACUUGCCUCGUUUGGCGAAUGUUUCCAUGUGUGUUCACGAUGUUAGCUGCCAGCAGGAGUUUUAAGGGUGUUGAUGAGCUCUGUUUUAGUGGCCUUAUCGCUGUUGUGAUUUGGCCCGUAAAUGUGACAUGCAUGUGUACUGUACACGUUAAAGCCCAUCACGUCUGAAAACGUGUUGUUUCUCAAUGUGAUUGUAAGUGAAAGUUGAGGAAAUGACAUCAGGAGGUGAUUCAACCUCCCUCAAUAGACUUUUGCUUAUGGGCAAGUGGGCAGUGAUGAAACAUGGAAAGAAUUCCUGUUGGGAGGAGAGGCUUGUACGCUAGUAAACACUGACUCUUAAACUUUCUCUGUCUUUCUCUCUACUGUCUCACUUGCUUUCUCCCACCCUUCGCUAUUGCCUCAUAGACAAUUCUGGGCUAAUUUAUGGUCAUGAUAUCAUACAGUCUGGCUAACACUGUGGAUGUGAUGGCCUGUCGUUAAAGUGUGACACUAGUAGUAUAUUUUACAGGAGGCGGCUGGCUGGAUGGAGGGUGAUCGCAUAGUUGCAGAACAUCCAGUUCUCAUUCUCACGCAGUUGCUGCAGAAAUUUGAGCCAGGCAGGACUAUUCAUCCUCUGUCUGGUCAGUGUGUCAACUUUUGGGUUUUAGGGAAGCAUAGUCGUUUUACGUAAAAGUGACAUCCGUUGUUUUGAAUGUAGUUUUAUGAAUCACCCUUUGGUUGAACAGCUCUGAAAAUACAAUCUUUCCCCACUGUCCAUUCUUUGUUGAGGGCUUCCACUAAUCCUUUUACUAAUCUGCUCACUCAUUCCAGUAGUCAUGAUGUUGUGAUUGCCCAUGUUCCAACUCAGGUCUCUUGGUUGUGAGUAAUACUUAUUUUAGUUGUCUGACAAAAGAGCCUUUGCGUCUACUAUGUAUAAUAAAGUAACAAUAGCAUUCAA